UUUCUUUUUUGACAGUUUUGGCCUUGGCCUCUUGAUGGCCUCUUGUUUUGGCGUUUUGUUAAUAAAUGGAUUUUGCAUCUAUUAAAAUAGUGUUUUUAAUUUAUAAAUAAUAAAAAAGUUUACCAAAAGUUCUUACACAUAGGUACAAUAUGUCACUUUAUGAUGACUAUGAUGUUAAGACAACAGCUUCAGAAAAGGUUCAGGGCUGGUCUUCAGGUAUAAAAUUGCUGCAGUCCCAAUUACAACUCAAGAAAGCCACAAUUACCCAACCGAAACGUGAAGCAGCUAGGAAAGCUAGUCUCGCUCCGGUUAUAGACCUCAAAAGUAAACGGGACGACGAUGAAAUUCUCCCGUUUACAAGAUCCGAUAAUAGGUUACCAAUCCUAAGUGGAGGAAUAUAUGGCAGCGAAUUUGAUUGGAAAGUUAUCGAUGAAUACGAUCCUCUAUGGCCUAAUGAAUAUGAAAAAGUUGUAAAAGAGCUACGAGAUAACAGAGAUAGAGAUAGGGACCGUGAUAGAGACCGAGAUCGAGAUCGGGAUAGAGACAGGGACAAUGACAAAAGGAAAGACAGAAAGCGUAAAAGCAGGUUUAGUGAUCCAGAUGACACUCCUCCUCAUGUAGCACCAAUGCAGUUAGCACCACAAAUGAGUCAACCUCCAAUCAGUAGUGGCUUUGCUGGUCGUUGGGCAGAUGACGAAGAAGAAGAGGAAAGGCCAAAGAUCUCUAGACCAUCCGGUGGUGUUGCAAUAGCUCCACCGCCUAGUUUGCAAGAAUCAACGCCAGAUCCUGUACCUAUAAUGCCCAAUAAGCCACAGCCCAGUAGUUAUGGAGGUUCCGUAGCUGCUAAAAUUAUGGCAAGAUAUGGAUUUAAAGAAGGACAGGGUCUUGGUAGAAUGGAACAGGGUAUGUCGAGUGCACUUCAGGUGGAAAAAACAUCUAAGAGAGGCGGUAGAAUUGUUCAUGAAAAAGAUAUUAUGCCUCCUCCACCUCCAAUUGAUAGCCUCCAAAAAGAGCCUCCUAUAACAGAAAUUAUGAAGAAUCCUAGCAAGGUGGUUUUACUCAAAAAUAUGGUUGGACCUGGGGAAGUUGAUGAUGAUCUGGAACCUGAAGUUAAAGAUGAAUGUAACACAAAAUAUGGUCCAGUUACAAGUGUUAUAAUACAUGAAAUUACUACUGACAUUCCUGAAGAGGCAGUGAGGAUAUUUGUUGAGUUCCAGAGAAUUGAAAGUGCCAUUAAAGCUGUUGUUGAUCUUAAUGGACGAUUUUUUGGUGGUCGCCAAGUUAAAGCGCAUUUUUAUGAUACUGAAAAAUUUGAUAAUUUGCAAUUAUUUGAUUAAGAUUUUUCUUUUCUCUUAGUUGUUGAUAUUUUUAAAUAUACAUAUAAAAG